UAUUGUUGAAACCUGUUGUUGACAUUUUCAGUGACAUAACCCUUAAGAUUGAAUCGUGUUAUUGUUUGUCUUGAAAACGAACUUGAAUUUAUGCAUGAUUAUUUGCAAAUUGUUAAAUUCUAAAAUCACAUUCGGUCAUUUAAUGCUUAAUGCGUGUGGCAGAGAUUGAUAAGCUAGAGUGAAUAUAUCCACUAUUCUACACAAAAAUGCCACAAACAACCACCAUUGAAACAAUCACUAUUACUAGGCCCUUAAAGGUGAUAGCAUUUAUAUGUGGGAUCAUAGUAAUAUUGCUGAUGAUAAUGGGUUUAGCCUCUACUGACUGGUUAAUGGCAUUAGGAUGGAGACAAGGUCUAUUUGCACAUUGUAUUGAAGAAUCUGCACCUACACCUUUGCCAUUUAAUGUGCCAGAUUCAGUAGGAUGUUCUCAAGCUAGAGACGUUGCCUAUAUGAAAGCAGCUGCUGCCUUAUGCGUAGUGUGUUUAAUAACAGACAUUGCAGCAACAGUUCUCACUGGUCUUGGUUUGAGGUCACAAGAUAAUCGUGACAAGCACAAAUAUUAUAGAUUUGCAGUGUUCUGCAUGGGUUUUGCAUUGGUAUCACUCUUAAUAGCUUUAGUAAUAUAUCCAGUGUAUUUUGCUACAGAACUUAAUCUUGGAAAUCGAACAAUAUGGGAAUUUGGUUGGGCAUAUGGAGUUGGAUGGGGUGCAGCUAUAUUUUUGUUUGGUGGAGCGGUGUUGUUAUUAUGCGAUAAAGAAAGCGAAGAAAUUUAUUACAAAGAAAGAAAAAUCGUACGCGAUGAUAUUGGCGGCGGAGGUUCUAUGAUUGGUAUGGGACAUCAUGGUGGACGAAGUGGGACGCAAUUAGCCUAGUGGCAUUGCUCCCUGCCCGACGUUGUUCUCUAGGUGAUUAAUUUCUUCUUUUUCUGUCCU